AUGUUCAUCAAGCAAAUAAUUAUCCAAGGCUUUAAGAGAGCUUUUGCUAACGGCAUAUUGUAUAAUAGCUACAAAGAUCAAACGGUCAUUGAACCGUUCUCUCCAAAGCACAAUGUGAUUGUUGGUCGUAAUGGCUCUGGCAAAAGUAAUUUCUUUGCUGCCAUUCGGUUCGUUCUUAGUGAUGCCUAUACACACAUGGGAAGGGAAGAGCGCCAGGCGCUGCUACAUGAGGGCUCGGGCUCUGCGGUUAUGUCAGCGUACGUUGAGAUUAUAUUCGACAAUUCGGAUGACCGUUUCCCAACAGGCAAGGAUGAACUCAUACUACGCCGUACCAUCGGUUUAAAGAAGGAUGAAUACACCUUGGACCGGAAGAAUGCCACCAAGUCUGAUGUCAUGAAUCUACUGGAGUCUGCUGGAUUCUCGAGGUCAAACCCCUAUUACAUCGUCCCACAGGGUCGAGUGACAACUUUGACAAAUAUGAAGGAUUCUGAACGGCUAGUACUUCUGAAAGAAGUCGCAGGAACUCAGGUUUAUGAAGCGCGUCGUACGGAAUCUCUAAAGAUAAUGAACGAGACCAACAAUAAACGAGCAAAGAUUGAUGAAUUGCUGGAUUAUAUCAACGAGAGGCUUGGGGAGCUUGAGGAAGAAAAGGAUGAACUUAGGAAUUUUCAGGAGAAGGAAAGGGAGAGACGGUGCCUUGAAUACACCAUUUAUUCUCGAGAACAAGCUGAGAUCGCGAGCGCUUUGGAAAGCAUUGAUGACCAAAGACAAGCUGGAGUUGAGGAUACGGACGCCAAUAGAAACAGGCUGAUGCAGGGAGAAAAUGACAUUGCUCAAAUAGACACCCAAAAGGCAGAGCUUAGGCAGCAAAUGGAGCUUCUAAAGCUAGAAAAGGACCAACUGGAAGAUGAUAGGCGCGAUGCAUCUCGAGCACUCGCGCAAGCUGAAUUACAGCGGAAAUCCCUGUCAGAAGGCCAGAGCGCUGCUCAAAGGUCAAAGGCGGAGCGUGAGGCGAACGUCGAACGAGUGAACGCUGCCAUCAAGGAGCGUGAAGAAGAGCUAAGUACAUUGCUUCCUCAAUUCAAUGAAAUGAAAGAACAGGAAGACCAGGCCAAAUUCAGUUUGAAUGAGGCUGAAACAGGCAGACAGCGUCUAUAUGCAAAGCAAGGGCGAAUAUCCAGGUUCCGAAACAAAGGGGAACGUGAUAAUUGGCUACAGAGUGAAAUACAGAAUACUUAUGCCCAAGUCUCUACUGUUAAGGCCGUUCGAAUGCAGACCACCAAGGAAAUCCAAGAACUCGAAAAUGACAUCGCCCUUCUGGAGCCAGAGGUUGAGAAACUUCGAAAGGAAGCUGAUGGCUGGGGUGACAACCUUCAAUCUAUUGAUCAAGAAGUUCAAACCGCAAAGGAUGAACGGGAUAGGCUAAUUGAUCAGCGAAAAGAGCUGUGGAGAGAAGAGGCUAAGCUAGACUCAAUUCUCACCAAUGCUACCCAUGAAGUAGAAAGAGCAGAAAGAGCACUUGCCCACAUGAUGGACCAAAAUACCAGCAGGGGCCUUGCAGCAGUACGACGAAUCAAACGUCAAUAUAACCUUGAGGGUGUUUAUGGAACGCUUGCAGAGUUAUUUGACGUUAGCGAUAGAUAUCGUACGGCCGUUGAAGUCACCGCUGGUCAGAGCCUCUUCCAUUAUGUUGUCGAUACGGAUGAGACAGCUACCAAAGUCCUAGAGAUAUUGCAAAAGGAAAAGUCAGGAAGAGUCACUUUCAUGCCAUUAAACAGACUUAAGCCGAGAGCUAGCAAUAUUCCUCGGGCUAGUGACACAAUUCCAAUGAUUGAAAAACUGCAAUACGACCCUCAGUAUGAGCCCGCUUUUCAACAAGUUUUUGGGAGGACGAUUAUCUGCCCUAAUCUUCAGAUCGCAUCCCAGUAUGCUCGCAGCCAUGGCGUUAAUGCCAUUACUCCUGAAGGUGAUCGAUCCGACAAGCGCGGUGCUCUUACUGGUGGUUUCCAUGAUUCAAGGAAGUCUCGACUUGAUGCGACAAAGAACGUUGCGAAAUGGCGAGACGAGUACGAUGCGAAGAAGGCUCGUGGGGGAGAGAUUCGGCGUGAGCUGGAGAAGAUGGACCAAUUGAUUACACAGGCAGUUGGUCACCUUCAAAAAGCAGAGCAAAAACGCCAGCAGCUCCACUCCAGCAAUGGUCCCUUACGACAAGAGCUCAAGAGCAAGCGGGAUCUAUUGCACAACAAAACUGAUGCUCUUGAGGCAAAGCGGCGCGCUCUUAAGAAUAUUGAAGCCAAUAUCGAUUCACUCACUAGCCAAAUAGCAGCUCAUGAGGAGGAACUUGCGACACCCUUUGAGAAAGCACUUUCAAAUGCCGAGGAGGCACGGUUAGAGAGUCUCAACUCUAUGGUGCAGGAUCUUCGGCGAGAGCAUGCCGCACUAUCUAGUAGCCGCAGUGAGCUAGAAACCCGGAAAUCAAUCUUAGAAGUUGAGUUACGUGAAAACCUUUAUCCACAGCUGGAUCACCUAGCUGGCCAAGGUCUAGAUGUUGGGGAAGAGACUGCUCAGGGGAACUUAAAGGAGAGCGAGAGGGAGGUCAAGAAACAACAGAAGGCACUCGAGAAACUCAGCCAGAAGCUUCAAAAACUGGAGAAUACCAUAGAACAACAAAACAACGAAGCUUCACAACUCGAACAGCGUCGAGCGGAUAUAAAACGUGAGCUGGAGGAAUUCGCUAAAUCCAUCGAAAAGCACCAACGCCGUAUGGAAAAGAGUAUGCAGAAAAAGGCAGCCUUGACUGCUCAAGCUUUGGAAUGCAGCGCUAACAUUCGCGACCUCGGAGUGCUUCCCGAUGAGGCUUUUACUAAAUUCAAAAACACAGACUCCAACACAAUUGUCAAGAGGUUGCAUAAAGCUAAUGAAGCUCUCAAGAAAUAUUCUCAUGUGAACAAGAAGGCGUUUGAGCAAUACAACAGCUUCACGAAGCAGCGAGAGACUCUUACCAAACGUCGAGAGGAACUUGAUGCAUCCCAUAAGUCCAUUGACGAGCUGAUUAUGAUCUUGGAUCAAAGAAAGGAUGAAGCCAUUGAACGAACCUUCAAGCAGGUUUCGAGAGAGUUUGCAAGGAUAUUUGAGAAGCUAGCCCCCGCCGGUCGAGGACGACUUAUCAUCCAGAGGAAAACCGAUGCUGCCACUCGACAGCAAGAGGACAUGGACUCCGAUGAGGAGGAGGCUCGCCGUAGUGUGGAGAACUACAUCGGAGUUGGCAUCAGUGUUAGUUUUAACAGCAAACACGAUGAUCAGCAGAGGAUCCAGCAGCUUAGUGGUGGCCAAAAGAGUAUAUAUAUCCAUUUGACUCUCAAUUAUAAAAAGAAAGGCUAA